AUGAUUACAAACAUGAAUCUAAACGGGACUUUUGGUUACAGUUCAGCGGAGUUUGAUCAGUUUUCUCAUUUUUCAGAUAUAAGUUCUACAUACCCAACGACCCCUCAAUAUUAUUCCACUGUCCUGUCUAGUGGAAAAUCAGUAGAAAAUCAUUCAUCUAUAUUCUCAGUGGUACAGCCAACGACAACAUCUUUGCCAUCUCUAAGUUCGUUUACCAAUGCAGUAUCAUCUGGGAGUGCUGCACAUAGUUUCAAUGAUGUUAGUUCUUCACAGCAAUAUCAAGAAACUUCAUCUUUAAGUAACUUAAAUGGAGAUAUGGGCUCAUCUUUAUUGUCCACGGUUAAUAAUUCACCUUUAUCCAGUCAUUUUUCACAACAAACAUUAUCCUCAACUCAACUCCAAACAAGCUCAACCACAGCCUUAGUCGAGUCCCUUAAUUUACCUAGAGAAGAAUCCUCAAUGGUAGGAGUAGUUAGUUCAACUAGGAUGGCUAACUCACUGUUUGAUACAAGUUCAACAAACUUUGAAAUGCUGUCUACAUUAAACAAUACAUUUAUUACCUCACAAAUGACAAUUCCCGUAUUACAAACUCCAUCGUUAACUUAUCUUUCUCCUUCCCCUUCAUUAAGCUCAACAGUGAAAGCAACAGUGCACAAUUAUACUUUCUCAAGUGAAGUAACGACCAGUUCAACGAAACUUUCUUCGUACAGGUCAACAACUGCCGCCUCAACCGUUCCGCUUAAUGUAACAACAAUAGAUUCGACGGUGGAAAGACCAACCAUGUCACCACACUCAGUCACUAAAAUUACUAACACCACCUCUUCAUUGUCUACAGGGGGCUCCAUUUCAUCUUCAUCGGUUGAAGAAAAAAAGUCAUCGAGAGCAAGCACUAGUUUUGUCAGUACCACUUAUUCAACUUCGACAAUCUUCCCUUCUUCAACUGAAUCCCAAAUUUACAAUACCAGCCUUACCACUUCAAGGGUCUUACGAACUCGGGACCCGGUGGCCGUUGUCUAUACACAGACAUAUGAAUUUACUGAUAGCAGGACUUCAUUCCUCACUGGGAUUGUAACGACCGCAACAAUCACGGGGGACGCCACAUCCACUUUCGACAUUUCCACGCCCACUAUAACAAAGGACACCAAAUUGUAUCAGAAUUGGCUUAAUGGUGGGUCAUUGGACAAUACGGGGGAACCCAGUGCUUCUCAUUCGAGGAUUACAAACAAAGGAGCGAUCAUUGGGGGUGUCAUUGGAGGUGUAUGUGGUAUUCUAAUUUGUUCCCUUCUCGUCUGGUUUGUUUUUAAGAGGAGAAGGAGAGGGAGGGGGGAAAGAGAAAGUUGCCUCAAGGGUAGUGACGUUGAGGGAAGGUUCAAUACUGGAUCAUUUUCCGGAGGUCACAGGUAUUACACGGGGAAGAAUGAUUCUUCCAUGGAUAGUAAUCCCUUUAGACAAGAAUUUAAUUUCAAUAAACCAGUGGUGCCACCUCCUAGGAACGGUGGGGUGCGAGCAUCAACUUUGCCUCAUGAUAAUAGGUUUUCCCUUAAUUCGUCAUUGACAGGAUCGUCAAUAGGGUCCACCAUAAAUAGUGGUUCAUAUUCCUCCAUGUCGUCGAAUUCUAUACGGCUUGGGUCAGAUUUUGAAGAUAAUAGGAACAGUGCACAAUUGGCGAAUGGAUUUUUAAGAGAGAUAAUAUAG